CAUCAGUCUGCUGACCACAGCCACAAAGCAUGGUGCGUCUGAAUUUCGGGUACUUGUUUCUGAGGUACCUGAUGAUACUCCUCAGUGGUGUAAUACUGAUCAGCGGAUUAGUCCUGUUCUGCCUGGGGAUCUGGAUCAAAUAUGGUGCUGCAUCCUUCAUCGAGGUGAUGGGCUCGUUUUCCAGUCAGCUGCUGACCAGCAGCUACAUCUGCAUGGGAGUAGGUGGAGCUCUGUGUCUGCUCGGCUUGAUCGGCUGUAGCGGAGCAUGGACCCAAAACCGCUGGCUCAUCUUACUAUACUUCUUCAUUGUGUCCAUGAUGUUCAUUGGGCAGAUUGUGGGCACCACUGUGGUCAUACUUUACAAAGAUGUGGUGACCUCUAUGAUUCGAGAGGCCAGUAAGGAGUCACUGAUGACGGCGUAUAUGGGGCCUGCAGCCACUGACCCCAUCUCUAGAGCCUGGAACAGCAUCAUGAUCGAAUAUAAGUGUUGUGGAUUUGAGAGCUCCAUCAACGACUUCAAGAGCUCCAUAUUCGGCACCAACACUGGGCUCCUGUACCCAAAGACCUGCUGCGUGGAUAUGAAGUCACCAGAAUGUGAUGGAUUAGACACUACACCCAGCCUGGUCCAUCAGCAGAGCUGCAUGGUGAAGCUGAUUGAGGUCAUUAAGGAUAAGAGCGUGAUCAUCAGCGCCAUCGCAGCCACUGUGUGCAUCAUGCAGUUGGCCUCCAUGAUCAUUUCCGUGGUGCUGUUUGUGAGACUUGGAGUUGUUCUUUGCUGA